UCGCGGUCUUUUCUCAUUACACUAAACGUUGAAUUGAGAAUACAACAUCGUAUCACUCUCGUGAUUAUUUCUCCCCUGUUUUCAGAACAAUCACCACCAUGCGUCGCAGAAGAUCAGCUUGUAGUGUCAACUCUGACAGCAGUGAGAUCGAUAUUGAUCUCUUAGCUGAGACAGAGUUGAGCAAACUCCAGAGACAGUUUCGCAUCAUGGAAGGAGACAGGCAGGCGUACACCGUAGAAUCACAGGAUCUCAUUCGCAGACAGCUGAGGGAGAUCCAAAGGCUACAUUGUGAACGCGAUGAACUUCUCCGGAGCCUGCGUGUCUCAGAGAGUCCAUUUCGAUGCUCGGAUGACGCAGACGCCACGCAAAAUCUGAGCAGCAUGCUGGUGUACCGCGACAGGGUGGUGGAGCAGCUCGACUCUGAACAAGGGAAAAUGGCUUAUCUGCGACAGGAGAUUUUGACUUGGGAGAGUAAGCUGGCUGGCCAGAGGAGAGGAAGCACCGCAUGCCACAGUCAGAAGUCGGAGGCAAACCAGACACAGAAGAACAGCCUCAUCUUGGAGAACAAACUGGAGAGGGGUCGUGUUCGCUUCAAUAAGCUUUUGGCCAAGAACGGGCAGCUGAGAGAGGAGCUGAAGAUCUUGCACGUGGAGAGGAAGCAGUUCCUCCACCUCUACUGCAGGAUGGAGAGGGAGCUGCAGGAGAUUCGCAAGGACAUCCGAGACAUGAUGGCUCAGUCCACUGCUGCUUUUGAGGCCAGAGUGGAGGCUCGGUGCAAACGGAUGCUGCUGAAGGAGAAAAAGGUGAAGGACCUGACCCAGUAUGGCACGGAGGUGAGCGAGCUGCAGCGGGUCAUCUCCCACGACCACCGCCUAAAGACCUUCAUGAGCAUCAAGGGCAACGAGUGCAGCAGCCAGGAGGAGGGCCAGGACCUGAGCCGCAGACAGGUUGAGGAGAGGCAGCGCAGGAGACUGGGACUGGACACUCAGGGAGGGACUUUUGGGACUCUCGAUUCCUUGCAGGAGACCUUCCACAAGAUCCACUGUGUCACAGGGGAGGAGGACCUGCACAAGCUGGUGGGGACCUUCAUUCAGAUUGAAGACAAGAACUUUGCUUUGCUAAACUUUGUUAACGAACAGAACAACAAAGCCGAGACCUUGAAGGACGAAAUCAACCAGAUCCGCUGUGAGAUGGAGGUGGUUUCCAGAGAGGAGCGCAGACAGCAUGAGGAGCGCAGGGCCGUGCUUUGGGGGGUCAGUGUGCAGCAGCAGGCCACAGAGCAGCAGAUGGAGGGCUACCAGCAACGCAUCACCUCAGUGGGCAAGAUCCUCAACCAGCUGAAGACGGGAAUAGACCGUGUGUGCCACAACAUAGACUGUGACAGGUCAGUGAUCGAAGACAAGUUAGGCUCCUCGACCGGGAUCCGGGACAGCACCAUUAUGACUUACCUGGGAUUGGUGGAGCGCAGGACCAACGAGCUGCUGACUUUGCAGUCUUUCCUCAGCUCCAAGGACCUUGAUAAAGAUUACAAUCCUAGAAUGGUUGCCAGGCACCUCCUAGGACAAAGUCCACCACUGCCUAGGCAAAACAAAACGGUUGAGGCUCCCACUUCUGGGGAUGACAAUGACCCAGAGGAGUCCCUGCUAACAGACCAGGUGAAGCCCCUCUCCAAGGACGAGCUGCUCCCGCUGGUAAUGACGAGGAUGCAGAGGAAGGCAAGGAUCGUCCGACCAGAGGUCCGAAAAUCAGCCUCCAAACUCAGCGUUGUGGCCAGCAGAAUCCACCAUGGCUCCCUAGGACUCUGAACUCAUCAUCGCUUUAUGAAUAUUGAUUGGACACACACAAGGAAAUAGUUUAUUGACCUCAUCCUCGGUACCUUGACCUAGUCCCAUGUAAUCUGACCUCAUCCCUGGUAGCUGCAGACUGGGGGACCGCAGGAGGCCCACUCCUGUGGAAAGCAGCAUCACAGCCCUGCUUUCAUGAGCCAUUCAUAAUCUGUUACGUUUAUAAUGCCUCAUUAGUUGCAAAUUUGAGUUUAAAAGAAUUGAAGUAUUCAUUAUUUGUUCAUCAAAUAAAAUAUUCGGUGGUGUAAGCUUUUAAAGAUGUAUAAUUAAUUUAAAUCAGAAUAAAUGUCAGCC